GCGCCUUAGACGCGCUGCGGGCCGCUGGCGCUGGAGGGGCUUCGCCGCGCUGCGGGCCACGCGUCGGGUCGGUGCGCGCUCCCCGUCCGUGGCCGGAGCUGUGCCGCCGCCAUGAAGCGGCCGUGCGAGGAAACUAGCUCCGACAGCGACAUGGACGAGACCAUAGACGUGGGGAGCGAGAAUAAUUACUCGGGGCAAAGUAGUGGUUCUGUGAUUCGAUCAAAUUCCCCAACAACAACAUCUCAGAUUAUGGCCAGAAAAAAAAGAAGAGGGAUUAUAGAGAAAAGGCGCCGUGAUCGUAUAAAUAACAGUUUAUCUGAGUUGAGGCGGCUUGUGCCAACUGCUUUUGAAAAACAAGGAUCUGCAAAAUUAGAAAAAGCAGAAAUACUGCAAAUGACAGUGGAUCAUUUGAAGAUGCUCCAGGCAACAGGAGGUAAAGGUUAUUUUGAUGCUCACGCACUGGCCAUGGAUUUCAUGAGCAUUGGGUUCCGAGAAUGUUUAACUGAAGUUGCAAGAUAUCUGAGCUCAGUGGAAGGUCUGGACACAUCUGAUCCGCUAAGAGUUAGACUUGUGUCUCAUCUCAGUUCUUGUGCGUCUCAAAGGGAAGCUGCUGCAAUGACCUCAUCCAUGGCUCAUCACCAUCAUCCCUUGCAUCCUCACCACUGGACAGCAGCAUUUCACCAUCUCCCUGCCGCUUUACUGCAGCAGAAUGGACUUCAUUCCUCUGACACCACUCCUUGUAGACUUUCAACAGCGUCAGAAGUACCUCCUCAUGGCUCUGCUCUUCUCACAGCCACCUUUGCCCAUGCUGACUCCGCACUCAGAGUGCCCUCUGCUGGCAGUGUUGCUCCCUGUGUCCCACCUCUUUCUACCUCUCUUCUCUCGCUCUCUGCCACUGUACACGCUGCUGCGGCAGCUGCUCAGAGUUUCCCUCUGUCUUUUGCUGGAGCAUUCCCAAUGCUUCCACCUAGUGCAGCAGCAGCAGCAGCAGUGGCAGCUGCAACAGCAAUCAGCCCACCAUUAUGUGUAUCAGCAGCUUCCAGUCCUCAGCAAACUAGUAGUGGUGGAAAUAGUAAACCCUACCGACCUUGGGGGACUGAAGUUGGAGCUUUUUAAGCCUCAGACACAAACACACAAGCCGUCUUUGGACUUCAUGCAGUAGUAACUCAGUGUCCUUCCUAUUCAGUCAGAUUGAAGGUCUGUAUCCACACAAAUAGCCUUAUAGAUGCCUGAAAGCCAAUCAAGGAACAGUAAAGCUAUUCUAGCGUCAGACUUCAAAGAGGACAUAUGGCAGUAUUGGGUAUAUUUUUCUUUGUUUUGUUUAAGGCACAUUGAGCAACGGUGGCUUUCAGAAACAUCGUACCCCAAUGACCAUUUAGAAGUUUAUUGGGAAAUAGGUAGACUCUAGACCCAAUAAUCCUCCAGCCAUGCACCGUUAUUUGGCAGACAGAUGGGGGCUAGCACCUCUACAUUUCUCCUGAGCUAGACAAAAAGUUUGAGUUUCAUAAGUGCCUGACAUGCAUAUGCGUUCUUCUGAAGCAAAUCACACUGCGCAAGUAUGGGAGAGAAAAAAAAGAGAUGGGGGGGGGGGAGCAGGAAGGGGGAGAAUCUUGCAUUAAGCUACAGACAUUUUGAUACAUUUCCAGGAAAGAGUGAACUCUAAACCAACAGGCUUAUUUAGCCAAAAGGAUUGCUGAGAAAGAAUGUUCAGCUUGACAGGCCUAGUUUUUAUCUUACCUAGUUGACUUUCUUUGUACAGACUUGCCAAAUGGUGACAUCUAGCAUAGCACUGGUAAAAGCAAUUAUCUUAUCAGCGCUUGGAUUGAUGAACAUUUCAGCACUGUCUGUGAGCCUUGAGGCACUUUGGUUUGGUUUUGUUUUUAAAUGGCUUAGACUAUGGUGCUUGCUUGUCUCUGUACAAGCAAUGAAUUUAUAGUGCACACAGAAGUAGUUGCCUACUAAAAGCGUGCACACGUCAAGACAGUUGAUCCAUGCCAAUACACGAGACUCAAUGGUGUAAAGAGUUCAGAUUAACUUAUUUAGUUGCAUUUGGACAUUUAUUUUUAGCAGCCUCCACAUUCUGUGCAAGAUCUGUCCUCUCUUCACUAUCAACUUCUGGAGGUAACGAUUUCUCUGGGUCUGAAUGAAGUUACUGUGGGGGUGCUAUUUUAAACUGGCUUUUUACAUGCCAACGUUGUAAAUGUGGGUUUGAUUCCAAACCAAAAUGAAUGUACUAAAGGGCAUAUCAGUAAAUUAUUUUGUCAGUACCCAGACAACUAGUGCUGCAUUAAAAGUUCUGCUUUCUUUUUUUAUUACAGUGACUUAAAAUAACCUAAUAUUUUAGUACAUUGACUCAAGAGCUAGAGAUUUUAUGAGAAAAUAAAACACAGCAUGUAUUAUGCACUUGAUUUCUCUGCUGUGUGGAGAAAGCAAUAAACAUGGAGAAUGUUAAACAUUAUGCAAAAUAUACUUUAAAAUAUUUGUUUUAAAAAUACUAUACCUAGUUGCUUUUUUGUGCAUUACUUUGUUAACCUUUUUCUAUGCAAAAGUCUUUACAUAUCACUAAUUAAACGAAGUCCUUUUUGACUGCGUUUUAUAGAU